UUGUGGGAGCAGCGGCCGCGGGAGGGAAAAGUGCCUGCGGGGGGUGGGGGGGGCAGAGCGGGCGGUUCGAUUUCCUGCGCUGUGGGGACAGUCGGCUUCCCCCCCUGCCCCCCCGUCUCCUCCUCCUCCUCCUCUUCCUCCCGUCCCCUUCCUUCCCCGCUGCGGGCGAAGAUUGCAGACCCUCCCGGAGCAGCCCCCGGCUUCUUGGGGCUCGCCCCCCCGCCCCCUGUGCCCCCCUUUUCUUCCGUGGCGGCGGGCGGUGUGAGCUGCGGGGCUUGGAAUAUGGUCGGGGAAAUGGAAACGAAGGAGAAGCCCAAGCCGACCCCAGAUUACCUGAUGCAGCUGAUGAACGACAAGAAGCUCAUGAGCAGCCUGCCCAACUUCUGUGGGAUCUUCAACCACCUCGAGCGGCUGCUGGACGAAGAAAUUAGCAGAGUACGAAAAGACAUGUAUAAUGACACUUUAAAUGGGAGUACAGAGAAAAGGAGUGCAGAGCUCCCUGAUGCUGUGGGACCUAUUGUUCAGUUACAAGAGAAACUCUACGUGCCUGUAAAAGAAUACCCCGAUUUUAACUUUGUUGGAAGAAUCCUUGGGCCCAGAGGACUAACAGCUAAACAACUGGAGGCCGAAACAGGGUGCAAAAUAAUGGUCCGAGGAAAAGGCUCAAUGAGGGAUAAAAAGAAGGAGGAACAAAACAGAGGCAAACCUAAUUGGGAGCACCUAAAUGAAGAUUUACAUGUACUAAUCACUGUGGAAGAUGCUCAGAAUAGAGCAGAAAUCAAACUGAAGAGAGCUGUUGAAGAAGUAAAAAAAUUGUUGGUACCUGCAGCAGAAGGAGAAGACAGCCUUAAGAAGAUGCAGCUGAUGGAACUUGCAAUUCUGAAUGGCACCUACAGAGAUGCCAACAUUAAAUCACCAGCCCUUGCCUUUUCUCUUGCAGCAACAGCCCAGGCCCCAAGGAUUAUUACUGGGCCUGCGCCUGUUCUCCCACCAGCUGCCCUGCGUACUCCUACGCCAGCUGGCCCUACCAUAAUGCCUUUGAUCAGACAAAUACAGACCGCUGUCAUGCCAAACGGAACUCCUCAUCCAACUGCUGCAAUAGUUCCUCCAGGACCUGAGGCUGGUUUAAUUUACACACCCUACGAGUACCCUUACACACUGGCACCAGCUACGUCAAUCCUUGAGUAUCCUAUUGAACCUAGUGGUGUAUUAGGUGCGGUGGCUACUAAAGUUCGAAGGCACGAUAUGCGUGUCCAUCCUUACCAAAGGAUUGUGACCGCAGACCGAGCCGCCACCGGCAACUAACCUAUGACCUUCUGACCUCUGAACUCUUCACCCAAUGAUGACCUGACCAUGCCUGCCUGCUGAUCAGUUAACUGGUAAUCGCCUUUGCUUGCCUGUCAUCAGUGCAGCGAGCUGAGGCACUUGUCCGUUCGUCUUACCAUCUAACCAAACAAAAGACAAAGAAAUUGUUGUCCUCCAACUCCGCUUUUUUCCCCCCUGUUUGGGUGAAAGUGGUUGUAGAACCUGCACUGAAUAGUAGUAAAGCAAUAAGGUCCAAUCCAUCCCUCAGCACUGAUCAUCCUUUAGCGUUCCGCCCUAAACGAACGGUAAGAAGGCCUCUCUUAAGAAAUGACAACAAAUGGCCCUUAACUACCCGAUGACAGAGGCAGUUACUGUGAGAGACUUCUAGGAAUCCUUUUCUUCUCAUAGGGAAGUCAAAGCUCUCUCUCUCUCCCUCUCUCUCUCUGAAUGUACUGUGCGAUGAUGCAUCAUGCAUGAACCUUUGGUCAGGGAUGUCAUUGGUGAAGUGAUUUCAAAAAGUAUUCAAAAUUUGACAUGCUGUUUAGUCACUACAGUGCCCUCAAAGGGCAGAAGUUGCAGCCUUUUUUUAUAUUGCUUGCCAAAUUUGAUGUAGUAAAAGAAAGUGUGCCAUGAAAGAAAAAUUAACAAGGAAUUUUGAAAACUAAUGCAAAGAACAAAACUGCAACACUAUUUUUUAAAAAAGAAAAAAAAAAUCUGAGUUAAAAUUAUCGAGCCUGUAUUUUACACCUCCUUAAAAGAUUAUAUGAGAACAAGGUACAUGCAUUAUGUGUCACAUUACUGGGCAAACUGUUCAAAUAUUUUUUUUAAACCUCCCUGUAUAGAAAAAUCAUUAAGGAUGUAAAAGCCAUGCUUGCCUAUUUGCUGUAUACAUGUAAUGAAAUUGUAGAUAAAAGUGUAGUGCAUUGAAACAAAUGAACAAAAAAAGUAGAUACUUUUACUAUACAAGGGUGCUGGUGCAGAAAAAAAUAUAUAUUUUUGGAAAUGUAGCAUUUUAUACUUUCAAGUGUUAUAAAAAAAAAGAAAAAAAGAACAAAGAAACCCUUUAUUUCAUUAAAUGAUUUUUUUCUGGUGGUUGUCAAGAAACAAAAGACCAAAAGAGCCUUUUUGUCUUUCUUUUUUAUUUUUUAAGUAUUGGAAUAAGUCUAAAGAAAAGAAAGUGCCUUAUUUUCCUUCAUGGUCAUUUAGUCAAGUGUCUCGUAAAAUCAGCUCCUCCCUCUGAGAGAAGUGAAUGCAUGCCGCUCCGCCCAGUGUGUGAGGAAAGAGGAGGGGGGGCAGGGAAGACACAUGAGUUGAUGGUUUGAAUUAGAAGAUAUUUGCUAUGUUACCUUGAUGCAAAUUUGCCAAAUCUGAUACUGUGAAAAAAAAAAAUUUGAUAACUUUUCUAUCUUAUGCCAGACUGCUCAUUCAUUUUUAAAACAUUUUCAUUCUUUUAAAAUCAUAAGUAUUUUUGUUUCAUGCACUUGCUCAACUCAAAUUCAAAGGAUCUGAGACAAAAACUGUGUUAUUCUUUCUCACUAUCAAAUUAAAAAAAGUAAAUAGAGCGCUGUUUUGUUUUAAGGGGAUGACUUAUAUUCUUAUUGAUUGAAUAGUAGUGACCUAUAAAAGACUUCACUAAUUUCACAUAAUAAAGAUUUGUGAAUUUUACCAAUUUUUAGUCUAAAAGUUACUUAAAACUUAUACAAAAUUUUAUAGAACUUCUACCUGCCAUGUCAGAUAAUUUCUAUGAUACAACUUUUUCAUUAGUUCUAACUUCCUUUGCUUUUGACUUUUAAAAGAAUGUUAGAAAUUAGCAUUAAUUUGCAUAUAAAGGCUCAACUAUGUAUCCGUUUAAGCUUCCUAAUUCAUGUGAAGUUGAAACAGUUGGCCUUGUGUGAUAGUUGAAGCAAUUUGUGCACAAAGCUGAUUUCUAAAUACUUGCAUGAUUAUUCAUUUUUUUUUAACAACUCAGUACCAGACAUGGCAAAUUUAUCAAGUGACAUUGUGUUCCCCAACUUAUCAACUCAUUCCCUCUUACAUACCUUCACAGCUUUGAAGUCAAAGGUCAGCAGUAAAGCUCAGUAAGCACCUGCAUGGUGACCUCAUCUAUCACCUUGUCUCACUUGGAAAUGAUUUUCAGUUUAUUUACUAUGCAAUAGACAUUCAUCCCUUUAUAUUCAGCUAGUUUUUGUUUAAUGUGCCACUGCUUUGUCUUCCUGUUACAUAUGCAAUGUUUUGAUUUCCUUACAAUAUAUGCUGUGCCAUUUUGAUUUUUAUUUUGGUUGGUUGAAUAAACUCGCGACACUCAAAACAUUUGAGGAGAGAUUUGCUAAAAUGAUACCAGUAUUUGUUCCAGUUUCAUCUCAACUAUGAUAAACCUGGACAUUUUAGAUGUUUAUCAAAGGUCUUUUAUUGGGAAGAAAAUAAGUGUAUGAAAUACAUGUGUGACAUUUAUGAGUAACGUUUGCUCUAAACAAACUUUUCAAAACUUAGUUGAUGAAAUUUUAGAUCAACUUAAAAAAAAAGCAUGACUUUUGAAAUCUCUGAAUGCCUUGGUUCUCAGUAUUAUCAUUCUUUAUUGAAUUUAUUUCUUAUUAAAAUAUGUAGUUUUAAGACUUUUUUUCUGACAGUAUUAUGUAAUUUUUUUUUAGAGUGGGUAGAUGGGAGUGUCGCUUGUAUGCUACCAUACAGCUGACAUGUAUUUUGUCUAUUCUUUAUUAUCUUAGUAGUUUCAUGCUAUGUAUGUACCAUAACCAACCUAUUGCCUAUGAGAAACAUGUAAGAUAAUGUAUUUACAGCCAUUGUUACAAGUUUAUAAUGUAUUUUUCUAUCUUGUUUUAUAUGUAUGUUAUAUAACAUUCAAAAAGAAUUUUUUUCCUGAUUGAGAAAAGGAUACAAAAUGCAAAACCCACAAUUUUGAUAACUGAAAAUUGCCAAUUGUUUUGCAGUACUUUAUUAUAUUGAGAGUGUUGUCUUUCUUGGGCUUUUAGUUAGCUACUGAAUGAAUACAUUAGACACAUUCGGGUUUUAGUUGGGAUUUUACAUAGCUUGCAUUUUAAUUCUUUGGUUCUUUGCUGUUUCUAUUAACCCAUAGCAUUAUUUUAAUAAAUGUUAUAAUACCAACCUACUAACUCUGGACUAUGUCUGUUUAUUAACCUAUCCAUGUUUAAUUAAAAUCAAUAAAUAAAUAAAGACAGAAGAAUGUAAAGUCUUGAGUUACUGGACUAACCCUGAAGAACGUGACCACAGAUAACACAGCGUGACUUGUUUUUUAUGUUGUUUGUCAGCUGACAAUUCUGCACACUACUGUUAAGUUGGCUUUGGUUAUUCUGGCCUUUUCCCUUGGGGGUAGAUGCCAGUAGAGAUGGGAACAAAGGAGUAUCUACUGGAGGCAUUCUUCUUGUAGAGUCUUGCCACUUGCCUUUCAGCAUCUGCAUUACUAAUUCCACACUUUCUUAUUUUUCCUCCUCCAAAAUAAUCACUGUCUGCUCACAGCAAAAGAGCAAAGAGGCUCAGUGUGAUGAUAUACCAAGAGAAACCAGUUUGAUUCUUUGUUGAACCAUUUUCUCUAGCUUUUCCAUAAGAAGCAGGUAAUUUUCAUGGUCUAUACUAAAAGGCAAAGAAUCUGGUUAUUUCUUACAAUUUUCCUAAUACUUGUAAAAAGUUGAUUUGACAUUUUUCCUUUGUAAAGCUUAAGCAGUGUUAAACUUUUACUGUUAUGGUUAUAGUUACGUCAUUAUUAGCUCAGGGGACUACGACCUAGGCAAAGCCAAAGGUUAAAUUGACUGUUUCUCAUGAGGUGAUUGACAGACAUAAAAACAGCAAACAACCUUUUAGACACCACUAUUGGUGUUACCUCAUGUUUUCUUUGCCCUUCCAUAUCCCUCCCUACCCCCACCCCCCUACACCUUUAGAUAAUUGAUUAAAACAUGGAAGUGGGGGAAAAUUAGCACUUAAAAGUUGCAUUUGGUGAAUUGUCUGUGUGCAGAUUUUAAGAAUUGUAAGAAUUGUGACUACUUUAAUGUUUAUCCAAGUUGCAACCUUGUUAAAGCCACUUAGGUUUAUGAACAUAAAAUUUUCUGUUACAUGCAAAGAGACCACCUGUUAACCAAAUAGUUUUUCAUGUGCAUCAUUUUAUUUCACAGAUACUGGUCGCUUUCCUUUUCUGUGAAAACAUUGUAUUUUUCUAGAUGAUAAAAUUCUAAAGGUGAAUAAUUGCAUUUGUAAAAGCAGAUUUAUUUCUGCGGUUUGUAAUUAAUUAACCUCUCGAGUUCCAAAAAGGAUUUUUUUUGGCCUGGGAGGAGGUUGGGGGAAGUGUUUAGGGAGUAGGUAGCCUGGAUCGAUGGAAUAGGUAGGCAGUGUCUCUAUGGCUAAAACAGCCUAUUGGAUCAGUCACACAUCAGCGUUCUUUAAUAAAAGAAAUUUAUGUGUUUA